AUGGACCGGCGUUGCACCUUCGUGGCUCUUGGGGGAGGCGUCGUCGGCGACAUGACUGGCUUCGCCGCGGCCUCGUACCUACGAGGCGUCAAUUUCAUCCAGAUUCCCACCACCGUCAUGUCUCAGGUGGACUCGUCGGUGGGGGGCAAGACAGGUGUCAACCACCGGUUGGGCAAGAACAUGAUAGGCGCGUUCUACCAGCCGCAGUGCGUGCUGAUCGACACCGACACGCUCGCGUCGCUCCCCAACAGGGAGCUCGCGUCGGGCCUGGCGGAGGUGAUUAAGUACGGGCUCAUUCGCGACGCGGAGUUCUUCGAGUGGCAGGAGGAGAACAUGGACCGGCUGUUGGCGAGGGACCCGGCAGCACUGGCAUUUGCGAUCAAGCGGUCGUGUGAGAACAAGGCAGCAGUGGUGGCGGCUGAUGAGAAAGAGGGCGGCCUCAGAGCCACUCUCAACCUUGGCCACACCUUCGGCCAUGCCAUAGAGAACGGAUUAGGAUAUGGCGAGUGGCUGCAUGGGGAGGCGGUGGCAGCAGGCACGGUGAUGGCAGCACACAUGUCGCACCGCAUGGGGUGGAUCGACUUGGCUCUGAGGGAUCGCAUCACUGCUAUCAUCAAGAAGGCCCGGCUGCCCACGCGGCCCCCGUCUGCUGUCACCAAGGAGCAGUUUAGAAGCCUCAUGGCGGUGGAUAAGAAGGUAGCGGACGGCCAGCUGCGUCUUAUUCUGCUGAAGGGUUCAUUGGGCGACUGUGUUUUCACCGUGCCGGAAGCGGAGCUGAUCGCGGCGCUUGCGGGUGCUGUUGCACAGUCGCAGGUGAGCUUCCAGACUGUUUCAAGCUCGAUUGCAGAGCCGAUAGCGGCGCUUGCUGGUGCCGUCGCACAGUCGCAGGCAAAACUCCUUGCCAGCGUCAGCAGCAGCUUUGGGGAUGCAGUGACACGUGUCCAGAAGCUUAUCCAACCGUCGCCUCCGGGGCUGCCACCUGGACCUUCUGAUGACUCAGCAGUCAGGCUGGCGUCAGAUCCACUCGCCUUCCUGGAUGACGUGGCCAGGGACUAUCCAGGCGGCAUUGCCACUGUCAGAUUGGUGGGAGAGCCCGUACUCGUUAUAAGCAACCCUGAAUUAGCACGGGAGGUGUUGGUCACGCAGUCUGACGUUUUUAUCAAGGCGGGCACAGCAUUUUUCCCCGGCAGCAGCUUGACGGGGAACGGGCUGCUGGUGAGCGAUGGGGAGGUGUGGAAGAGGCAACGCCGGCUGUCCAACGCUGCCUUCAGAAAGGCCGCCAUUCAAUCAUAUGCCACGGCCAUGGCGGAGUUGGCUGAUGACAUGGCCAUGGCGGAGCUGGCUGAUGACAUGGUGGGGGGGGGCACGUGGGGGGGUAGCCCAGCCAUGGCGGAGUUGGCUGAUGACAUGGUGGGAGGCACGUGGACGGAUAGCCUAGUAGGACGAGGAGGACGAGGAGGGAGGGAUGGGGUGGUGCAAGGUGGUGUGGUGAGGGACGUGUAUGGGGACUUCAACGAGCUGACCAUGAAAAUCGUGGUGGCGGCGCUGUUUGGCGGGGGCGGGCUGGGGGGAGCAGCGGUGGAGCAGGUGGGACCGGCCAUCUCCACGGCCUUUGACUUCUUUGCCAAGCGUGCCACCAGCAUGCUCAUCAUCCCCGAGUGGUUCCCUACCCCCGACAAUCUCCAGUACACGGCAGCAGUGCAGCGCCUGGACGGGGUGGUGUAUCGGCUAAUAGAGGAGAGGAGGAAGGAGAUGGCAGGGUGGGCUGCCCCACGGGGGACUGCACAGGGAGGAGGCGAUGAGGGGAAGGACCUGCUCACAAGAUUGCUGCUGGCUCGGGAUGAGGACGGCUCGGGAAUGGACGACCAGUCACUCAGAGACGAGCUCAUGACUCUGCUGGUUGCGGGCCAGGAGACAUCGGCCAUCCUGCUGGCGUGGGUGUGUGUGCAGCUGGCGAUGCAUCCGGAGGAGCAGAGGCGGGCAGCAGAGGAGGUGUGGGAGGUGCUGGGAGGGCAGAGCCCCACUCACGCUGACGUUCCCAAGCUCAAGUACCUGGAGGCAGUGAUACAGGAGACGCUGCGGCUGAUGCCGCCUGCAUACAUUGUGGGGCGCUGUGCAUGCCGAGACACGCGCCUGGGGGAGUGGCGCGUGCCCCACGGCACCACGGUGCUUGUCAGCCCGUACCUGCUGCACCGCGACCCACAACAGUGGCCCAGAGCUCUCACCUUUGACCCAUCGCGCUGGCUACCAGGGGGAGACGCCCUUCCACCAGCUGACAACCCCGCCUACUGGCCGUUCGGAGGGGGUCCCAGGAACUGCAUUGGCAUGGGCUUCGCGCUGCUCGAAGCCUCCCUCGUCCUCGCCCGCAUUCUCCAGUCCUACUCGCUCUCUCUCCCCGCGGGCUCUCCCCCUCCCGUGCCCCGCGCUAUGAUCACCCUGCGACCCGCUGGGGAGGUGAAUCUGCUGCUCACGCCACUUGCUCCUCACCCACCAGAGGAAAAGGUGACUGGAUCUCGUUCUGCUGGGACAGCCGGGCCAGCAGCAGCGGAACCUGCUGGAACGGCAGCAGCAGCAGCAGGAACAGCAGCAUCACCAGCACCAGCAGCAGCAGCAGCAGCAGUAGCAGCAGCAGCACCAACACAAGCGUUGCCAGCGGUGGCAGAAGAUGCAGCUACCUACGGUAGAGCUCGCAGCAAGGGUUUAGCCUUGGAGGCCCAGCACAGGCGGGGCGACGGCACCGGGACGGAAGGAGAAGCAGGCAUGGGGGAGGGCAGGGCGGAGGAAGGCAGAGGCGGCAGUGGAGUGGAGCCAGCGGGCGAAGAAGGGCGGUGGGGGGCGCAGCAGAAAGGGCAGGAGGGAGUGCGUGUCGUUGUCUGCGUUGAUCUCUUCUAG